AUGACUUCCUCCAUCUCGGAAUCAAACUACCCUCUCUCACCACGAGAUGCAGUGGCUUCGCAAUAUAUCGGCCAACGGUUCGAAGACCUCCCCACACCCGCCAUCGUCCUAGACAAGUCCAAAAUCAAGAAGAACUGCGCCGCCAUGCUGCAAGUAUGUCAACAACUCGGCGUCGGAUUCCGAGCACACGUGAAAAGCCACAAGACACUCUCCCUCUCCAGACUCCAAGUCGGCGAGACCGGGCCCGCCAAUUUUAUCGUCAGCACGGUGAUCGAAGCCGAGAACCUGUUUGACUACGUGUUGGAAUGCCAGAAGAAGGGUAGGGAAGCAAGUAUACUCUACGGCAUACCCGUCCCUCAAUCCUCCAUCCCGCGCCUCGUCGCGCUCGCCAGCGCCCUAGCCCCAGGCUCCAUCAAUAUCAUAAUCGACAACAUCGACGCCUUCAACCUUUUUCAAGCCGCCAUAUCCCAAUCCAACGUGCAAAUCGGAAUCUUCAUUAAAAUCGACACAGGCUACCACCGCGCCGGCAUCGUCACUUCGUCUCCGAAAUUCCCCACCCUGGUCAACGCAGUAUCAUCUAACACGCACGGAGCGUUCUUGAAGGGAUUCUACAGCCAUUACGGGCACUCGUAUGCCGGGAACUCACAAGACGACGCCGCCACGGGCUUGAUUGAAGAGUUACUCGGGCUGGAAGACGCCUGUUCCGCCCUUCCCCCAACCUUCUCCGGAAAACUGGUCCUAAGCGUCGGCGCGACGCCCACAGCUACCGCAGCGCAGAACAUGCUCUCCUCUUCCUCGCCGCGCGUGACCGAAUUCCAUAGCGUCCUUGCACGACUGAAAACAAUCCGCAUGCUUCUUGAAGUCACAUCCGUUUACACGGAGCGCAGUAAGCCUGAAGCUCUUGUCUCUGCCGGCUCACUGGCACUGGGUCGGGAGCCGUGUAAGUCGUACCCUGGCUGGGGAAUAGUGACGCCAGAUUUCGCCAACACAGGGGCGCAAAUCUACGAAGAGACAGGCGAGAAGACGGGAUGGAUCGUUGGGCGGAUUAGUCAAGAGCAUGGGAUUCUAGUUUGGGAGGGAGAUGUGGGAAAGUGUAAGGACUUGAAGGUGGGGGACAAGGUGAUGUUAUGGCCUAAUCAUGCGUGUGUGGCUGGCGCAGGAUUUGGGUGGUAUUUAGUGGUUGAUAGUGAGGAUGCAAGUGGCGGGACAAAAGUUGUUGAUGUUUGGGGGAGGUGGAGGGGUUGGUAG